AUGGUAAAAAAGGCGAAUAGUGGAAUGCUGAAGAAGUCUAACAAUCAGCCGGUGGAGCUGAAUCCAUUCGAGUUAAAAUACAAUCGUGCAAAGCACAAGAUACUUGGAACAAAAGCGAUAUCAGCUCCAUGUGGUGCACCAGGAUUGUCGAAGAAAAAGGCCUUUGAAAAUAGGACUAAGACAUUGGCUGUGGAAUGGAAAGAACGUGGGAAACGUAAUAAAAUUAUUGAUCAGCGCAUCGGUGAAGGUAAUAGCAUGAUGAAUGCUGAAGAAUGUAUUUCGAAGCGAUUUACUACAGAACGUUUAAAAAUUUUCAAAGCAACCAAUUCGGAACUGGUAAAUAAUGGAGAAGAAGCAUUGACUCAUAGGGGACGAGAAUUAACAGAAGUAGAGAAGUAUGAUCGCACGAUGUUAAGCGACGAGGACGAUGACGAAAUUAGAGGGGGAGGAAGUAUCGGUGCGAAUAUUGUAGCUGCAGUUCAUUUCGGUGGUGGAAAUGCUGCAUCGGUGGAAAAUGCAACUAGCAAAAGACGAGACUUUAUUGCGGAACUGAUAGCAAAAACGAAGCAGCAACGUUACGACAAGAAAUUAGCUCGUGAUGAGCGUGAAGAUGCAACAGAGAGGUUGGAUGAGAAGUGGAACAAGAUACAACAAACGGAUGUAAUGUCCGGUUUUAUAAAGCCUGUGAAUGAUAGAUCAAGUAUAAUUCGACCUGAGAAGGACGAUUACGACCAUUUGUUCUUCGAGCUUCAAAUGGAUAGUGGGAAAAGAGGCCAAGCAAGUGAGCGACAAAAAACAGAAGAAGAGAUUGCACAUGAAGAGCGUGAGAAGCUAAUUAGACAGGAAAAAGCUCGUCUUGCUCAGUUGGCUGAUAUUAGCGAAGCAAAAAAGAAAUCGAAAACUGAUGAUAACAAAGAAGGUUUUGUGGUGAAGUACGACAACUCAGGUGUGCUUAUGAAUGCAGAAAAGCUUAAAAAAGGACGAAUAAAACUAGUUCGGAUUGAUUCAUCAGAUGAGGAAGAUGAAUCAGAAAGUGACGAUUUGGAUGAAGACAAAGAAGAGGAUGAUUUUGAUGCAAUGGUGAAUGGCGAUGAACAAAUGGAUUUGCCGCCAUCUAGUUCAGAAAAUGCUGCUACAGAUGCAGAAAUGGAAAUUCAGAAAAGAUCGCAAAAUGCGGAAUUACCUUUUGUGAUUGAUUUGCCGCAGAACUACCAAAAUCUGAAAAAAUUGUUGGAUGCUCAAAGUGAUGCAAACUGUGAAGUAUUCAUUAAAAGAUUAAUAAAGCUCUAUCAUCCAAGUCUUCGCGAAGGGAAUAAAUCACGACUUGGUCGUUUAUUUUUACUUCUUCUCAGGUAUUACGACGACUUGUCCAAGGAACGAGAAGCUAAAAUAGCUUUGUUUGGUUAUAUAGCACGAGGAUUAUAUUAUUUGAUGCAGCUCAAUGUUGAGCAUAGUGCACGUUGCAUGCGUGCUCUUCUGCGUCAACAAUACGCACAACAUGCACGUGCACCACGUGAAAUGUUUACAUUUCGCUGUAUUGCAUUUCUGAAGCUGGUUUUAAUUUUGUACCCAGUGCGAGACGUAUUUCAUCCUGUUGUCAGUCCUACACUUGCAUUUGCAUGCAGGCUUGUUUCAACUGCACGGAUGUGCAGUAUAAAAGAUAUUGCACGCAUGCUAUUAAUGAUCAGAAUAGUGGGUUCAUUUGUCGAAGAAAGUAAAAGGUAUCUGCCAGAGGUUAUCGCUUUUCUUCACGGUGUUCUUUUGAUGGCGAUUGAAAACAGCGAUGAUGAACAUUGUCCGACGACGACUUUUCCCAUAUCAUUACCACAUCGAAGAAUGCUUUUUGUCACAGAUGAUUGUUCGAUGAUUGAAAUACCUUCACAGCUAGAUAUGAAGCAAAUAUUUGUUGAUGACACAGAUAGCUUCGAAGAAACCAACAAAAAUCGAUUAUGCGUUCUAAAUAUUGCUUUCACCGUUUUAUGUCGAUUUAGCUUCCUUUAUUCCAAUCUUAUCGGCUUCUCUAUAAUCUUCAGACCACUGCUUGGCUUGUUGUCAAGGUUACCGCGUAAUCUAUAUCCGUCUCAGUUGUUGACGGAAUUGUCUGCACUGGAAUCAUUUAUCACCGCUCAGUCUUCAAGAAAUUUACUGAAACAAUUGCAAAGGCCAGCUAAGCAGAAAAAAAUGCUGGAUUUAUUGGAACCACGUUUUGACGAGAAGUAUAAUAUAGAAAAAGCACAUUACGAGAAGAACACUGCAAAGAAGUCGAAAAAGGUUGAAAUCAAGCAACUCACUAAAAAGUAUAAGAAAGAAUUACGUGGAACUGUUCGAGAAUUACGUCGUGACAAUCAAUUUUUGAAUAGGGAAAAACGGCAAGAAAUGUUGGAAAGUGAUAAGGCUCGAAAAGAAAAGACAAAAUGGUUGAUCUCCACUUUACAAGGACAGGAAAGUGAAUACAAAAAGAAUGCCUACAUGAAACAGAAGUUGUAA